CUUGGCUCAAGCCAAGCUGCCUCCGAUUCGCCUUUUACCAGCGCGCUGCGUGAAAAUUCAAGCGCCAUGUCGAAGACCGGCUCUGGAGCGGACUUGCGGAAGUUCAUGGAAAAACGCCUGGACCUGAAGCUCACGGCCAAUCGCCAUGUGGUAGGCGUCUUGAGAGGUUAUGACCAGUUCAUGAACAUCGUCCUGGACAACACCGUGGAGAUCGUCUCCCCCACUGAGAAGAACGAGAUCGGCAUGGUGGUGAUCCGAGGCAAUAGCAUCAUGAUGUGGGAAUGCUUGGACAGAGUGAAGUGA